AUCACCAUCAGGGAUGUCUCUGGAAUUAUUUAGGCAUGACGAAGCUAAAGGAGAACAUCAGAGAUGGUCUGCAGAUCAGCCGUAGAGAAUUUAGGUCUAAACGUUAGUGACAAUAAGAGGAUGCCCCAAACCAACUGGCACAAACACUGGUGGUGCAGUCAGAGACAAUGAACUCCUCUAUGAACCAAAGUAGUCGAGCAUCAAAUGCCAGACAGCUGAAGACAGCUGAAGAUUGGUCAAACGGCCAUCAACAGGACAACGAUUCUAAACUAAGCAUAUCUGUCACUGAUUGGCUGAAAGAAAACAAACGUUCCAAGUCACAGUCACACCCUAAAAUCAAAUGAAAUGCUGUGGUGGGACUCCAAAAGAGGAACAGGUUGUCAUUUCAAAUGUCUCCAUAACAAUACCAGGCAGAUGAAAUCAUACAGAGAUUACUGGUGCUAAAGGAGAUACUGGAUAAAGAGGGACAGGCGUGGGGCGCAAAAUAUUGACCACUGGAUAUUUGAGUUUUUAUUUACCACUGAGUUAAAUUCAAAGCAAACGGUGCAGGUAAUAGAUGAAUAGUUGGUUUCUAUUUUUCAAAACUUUAAUUUCACUGAAAAUUUCACCCUAUGUUUAGUUCUUUUUUUAAGGCAUUUUUGAAUUAGUUGCUUGGGCUGGUGAACCACAUUAGUAUCAUUAUCAAAUUGUGCUCAGGAAGCCGUACAUUUCUGAUCUAUUCCAUAUCAAUAAUCCUUGAGGAUUCCCAAUGUAACCACAAUCUCAUGUUCAGCCUCAACUGAGGAAGUAAACCAAUGAGGAAGUCCAGUUAGGAGGAUUGACUUGAUUUGCUAGCAGGAACUGAGUGUAGCACAAUCUAAGUCAUACAGGGAGCUACAGAGGGCAAGGGUCACUGGUGUGCUGGCUGCUUAUGGACAACGGAUGGGAGUUCGUAUGUGUGCGUGCGGAAACCCAGGACCAAAAUCCCACUUUAGAUGACUGCAAAGCCCUGCAAGAAACAUUCUGGUGCUGAGCUUGACAACAAAGGUGUUGUCAAAGUACUAGAGUAAAACAAUGGACAGAUGUUGGCAGUUUCUCCUCCUGAUGUGCCUUUCUGCAGUGGCUGAAUUCGGCGAAGCAAACGAUGCACCGCUGGUCAAAAGCCUGACAGAUCAGCUUCUACAAGUCAUCCCUCCUAAUGACCAGUCAAAUGUUUCCAUUCUGGUGAUCAAAGGCAACCAGAUCACUUUGAAUGAGACGGACCAACAAGCCCUGACGACUUAUCCAACACUAGUUGAACUGUAUGUAGGUGAGAACCUUGUCACUGCUGUGCCAGCCAACUUCUUCUCUGGGCUAUCACACCUGAGAGUCCUAUCUCUAAGCAGAAACAACAUCAGCAGUCUGGACCCUGAGGCUUUCUCUGGACUGGAUGUUCUAGAAGAGCUGGACCUUUCCAACAACAAGUUGACAGAUCUCUGUGACAAGACAUUCACUAAGUUAAAACGUCUAAAGAUCCUGCAUUUACAAGAAAACCCCUGGAACUGUUCCUGUCCUCUGCUUGACACCAUUGGAAGGAUGAAGGAAGCAAAUAUCAAUUUUGGGGGCCCAAACAUCACCUGUGCAUCUCCAGCAGAGCAGAAAGGAAACAAUCUCCUGCAUUCUAUAAAUCUUUGUUCUACAUCAUCACCAGUCAUUGUUCAUAAAUCUCCAACACCACCAGUCACCUCUCAACCAUCUAAAGAAAUCAACAACACGCCAACAACCACUUCAACAAGUCAGAAUUGUACAGUCAGCAAACGUCAGAAACCUUUGUCUGGACACACAUGGAAGUUCACAGCCUGCGUUGCCGCCUUGGCCCUGAUCACCUGCAUACUCAUCCUCACUGCCAUCAAAGGACCUUCCUGGUACAAAAGCUUCCACAACUACAGACAUCGGAGACUGGUUGAAGACGAUGAAGAAGGGGGCCAGGACACCAUGACAACUGAGAAAGGAGGGUGCGAGAGCCAGCAGACGUUCACUUUUGAGGAACUGAGUCAUCGGAUACAGGAACAAGAGGAGGAUGGAUAUUUUGAGGAUCCAUACAUCAAGAGGAUGGAGGAUUCAGAGGAAAAGAUACAAUGAGGAACAGAAUCUCACUGAGGGGCUGGUAUCAAAUUAGACUGAAUCUAUAGAUUUUAGAUCUGUAAAUGAUCUUAUGUAGUUGUUUACAUAAGCUAAAGAACUGGCUUAUGUAAACUAAGCUUGUUGUUUAGCUUCUAUAUACUGUGAUGAAUUAUUGUUUGAGGUUUACUGAUCCUUCUCCAUGGCAUCGUGUCUGAUUAAAUGAGCAGUGUAAUCAUGUUAAGAACAGGGUAUCUGCAGGUUUAGGAAAAUCAAAUUAAAGACUUUUUAAGCUCUUUUUAAUGCAACAUUGAAUAAUAUUUAAGAAUAAAAAAACUAGAAAUAUAGGGGAUGCUUGGGGGAUCCUGGUGUAUUACAAUCAACGUAGCAAAAAUGAUGAAAUGUCUGGGGUCUGUUUGUGGUUCUUGGUAGCAGCUUCGUGCUUCUCACACUGCUUAUGGCUCUCUACAGCUUUAACCCCCUUAGUGCUAAGCUUCAAUAUUUCUUUGGAACAAAAUGCACUGACACUCGUGUGAGUUAGCAACAGAAGUGAGCCAGUGGCAAAACCGAACAUUAUCCAUCCAACUGAUUAUAAAUUUGCACUUAUAUAUGACUGACACUGAAAUGCUAGCGCUUGGUAGCAAGGAUAGAUUAGCAGAUAUUUAGUUGUAGCCUCAACUGCCUCCAGUAACAGAAAAAUAAAAUUUACAUAUAUAAAAUUAAGUAGGACUGCCAUGACAAAAUUUAAUACUUGUAAUUAAUGUCUUUAAUUCAUAAAACAUUUAUUUUAUGGAUUAAAACAAUUUCCUAUCCACUGUCAGCACAUGCUUGCUUUGAAGAAAUCAGCUGGGCUUUCUUAACCUUAACUUUAUUCUAUUAGUUAUGAUUGGAUACAUGCAGAAUAAGACUGCAUGUAUCCAAUCUGAAUUGGAAUUGCAUGAAUUAAGUUUAUUUUUGUAUAUAUUUCUAUGUGAUGCGAUAUGAAUUUGGCCUGUAUGUCUUGAAAGUGGCUUGAGAUGAUUUAAACAGUGCCAUGGCUAUGAUUGUCCACUCCUGUAAUUCAUUAAAACAUCUAACUACCAGGA